AAAUAAAAUGGAUUUGAAAGCCUCCGUUUUUUAAAUAGCCUUUUAGAGCCUUACAAAACAGAAAAAAACAAUAAUAUAAUUUUCAUUUUAUUUAGAGAAUAAUCCGAGGAGAGAUCGAUCUUACUGUUUCCGGUCGGAUCCCCCGGUUCACGUAGCCCGGUCUUGUUGUCUCAGAUCCUUCGUGGCCUUUGAUAAAUCUGUUAAUACUGUUUUGUAGUGGCUUGAUUGAUGGAGUUUUGAUUUUUUUGCUCGCAUCUCGAGAGUGAUGGAUUCUGAUAAUCAUCUUUUGCCUGAUGGUGGGCUUGAGGCUGCCCAUCAAAAUGGUGGUCAUCAGCAAAGUCCAGCUGCUGGAGAAGAUGGUGUUGUUUCAAAUAAUUUAAAUGGGAGUGUGGGGAACACUUUUAAGCUUGAGGAUGGCACUACUGAUAAUUUAUCUACCGGGGAAGUAGAGGAUGAAUUAAAGGCAUACGUGGGAAGCAAUGGAUUGCCUGUUUUUAAGGAAGGAGAAGUAAAAGUGAAAGAUGCUGAUAAUUCAGAAAAUUCUAAAUCUCAGAAAGGUCCGGGAAAGAGGGGUACUGCAAAGCCCUCACACCUGAAAAAUGCCUCAGCCACUCAGGUGAAGAAAGGUAAGGAUGGAAGAGAUGCUGAGGUGAAACUCGCUGUUUCAAAUGGUUCUGUUGCUGUAAACUCACAAUUAAAACAGCAUUUGAAAAGUAAAGCUUUCAACGAGAGGCAGGGUCAAUCAUCCAAGCAAUCUGGGAAGUCUGAUGCAGCACCACCUGAAGGCAUUGUGGAGAAGACGAAACUGAAACCUUUGAAAAAAGGGCCUGUUGAUAAAGCUGAAGCAGAUACAGACUCUACUUCAAGUCCCACUGUGGAAGAUGCCAAACCUCGCAAGGUGGGUGCACUUCCAAAUUAUGGUUUCAGCUUUAAGUGUGAUGAACGAGCUGAGAAAAGGAAGGAGUUCUAUUCAAAGCUCGAGGAAAAGAUUCAUGCUAAGGAAGUGGAAAAGACUACUUUGCAAGCUAAGUCCAAGGAAACCCAAGAAGCCGAGAUUAAGUUGCUUAGGAAGAGUUUGGGUUUUAAAGCAACACCUAUGCCCAGCUUUUAUCAGGAGCCUGCACCACCUAAGGUGGAGCUAAAGAAGAUACCCACAACAAGAGCCAAAUCUCCCAAGCUAGGUAGAAGGAAGAGCUCAUCCCCUGCAGAUACUGAAGGAAACAAUAGCCAGAGCUAUCGACCAGGUCGGCUAAGUUUGGAUGAGAAAGUAUCUUCAAACAUUCCCAUCAAAGGACUUUCCCCCGCCCAUCCAAAGAAGCCACUGAGGAAGUCCCUUCCCAAACUGCCUUCUGAAAAGACCAAGUUAUCCAUUGCAAAUGACGAAAAAACUAGAUUGCCUAAAGCAUCAAAUGAGGAAAAUCCCACCUUAUCUAAUCAAUCAAAUGAGGGUUCAUCUCCCACCCAAGAGCAGGAAGCUGUUUCAAAGAAUGAGGAGAGUGAAUUUCUCCCUGGAAAAGAUGAGACAGCGGUUAAAGAGGAAGCUCAGGCCACGUUGGCGAAAGAUCCAGUAGCAUUGGUGGUUUGACCUCAAAAACAAAACAAGAAUUGAACGGUGUAUGCAAAGGCCUCAAAUCCAUGUGCGUAAAUAAAAAGGUGAAAGACCUGAAUUAAUUGGACAAUGAAGGCGUAAAGGAUUUUGCAUUUUGCAUGAUAGAUUGUGAUGGCUGUAUCUGUCCUUAGUCAACAGAAUUGAUUGUUUUGUGUGCAUGAUUUCAGGUUGCUGGUCUUUUCACUAGGGCUCUACAUUCUUGCAGUAAUGUAUGUUAUCACUUGCAAAAGUUAUUCUAAUUUACAUGUUAUUUCUUAUUUGCCUGCUGUAUUGAAAAUAUUUAGUAAAAUUUUGGAGAAGUCUGCUGUUAGAUAGGCCAUGCCAUUCUGUAAACCUGUUAUAUUUGGACAAUUGGAUAUUGUUGGUUAAGGUGACUUUGGUGGCGUGAACUGCGAA